AAUUCUGAGGUUAUUAAAAUCCCACGAGAACUCAAGAAAUUUGUAUUGUAAGAAUUAAUAAUAAUUUAAAGUUAUAUUAAAUUGUCAACUACUGUCAGAAAAUAUGAUAGAUACAAAAAGCAAAUCUCCUGAAAAGAAAUUCAUUUCUGGAUCGCUUGUAAAUAAGAAAUCAAAACUAAUAAAGCAAAAAAAGAAAGGAAACAAACAUCGUAGCCGUGGUGUUGUAUAUAUAAAACAUUUACCACAUGGAUUCUAUGAGGAACAAUUGCGUGGAUAUUUUUCACAAUUUGGAGCGAUCACACGCUUGAGACUUGCAAGAUCACCGAAAACUCUCAAAUCCAAAGGUUAUGCUUUCAUCGAGUUUCGUUAUCCAGAAGUAGCUGAAAUUGCAGCAGGAGCAAUGAAUAACUACAUGAUGUUUAAAAACAUUAUUAAAACAGCUUACAUUGCACCUAAGGAUAUCAAAUAUGAUUACUUCAGAAGUGGAAUAAAAAGAAUAAACGAAGAUGGACAGAAAGUUAUCACAUCCAAAUCUAUUGAAGCCAGAAAAGCUAUAGUUGAAAAUUCGAAUAAGCUUAUGACUGAUGCAGAUCAAGAAAAACGUAUAAAGAGAAUUGCUGAAAAAUUGAAUGAGCAUAAAGCAAAAGCUGCAAGUUUAGGAAUUGACUAUGACAUAGAUGCUAUAGCCAGUAAUAUGGGAGAUAAAGUCAUCGAAGCUAUGGAAAAGUCCAAGUCAACGACAAUAGAAACUCUGUCAUCGGAUGGAGAAUCUGACGAUUCAGAUGAAUCUUUUAACCCUUCAAACUUUGAAUUUGAAGAUGAUUCUGAAGAUACUUCAGAUUUUUCAGAUGAUGACUCAGGAGAUGAAUCCGGUGAUGACAACAAAAAUCGAAAGGUUGCCAUUAAUGUUGCACUAGAAGCGAGUAUGAGGGCAAAUGAAGAUCAAAGUACUAAUCGCAAAAAAACUCCUCGUUCCAAAUCAACACACAAACCAAUUGGAUUUGAAGAUGAUACAAUUCAUUUAGAUGAUGAUUCUAUUGAUGAUAAGAAAUCUCGAAGGAAUGCAAUCAAAGUGGCACUUGAAGCAAGUAUGAAAGCAAAUGAAGAUCAAAGUGUUGUUGCCCCCAAGAAAAUUCGGCCUAAAACGAAAAGAUCUUUAGACAAAUCAUUAAUAAAUCAUUCGGAUGAUGAAUCAGAAGAUGAUUCCAUUGGUGAUAAGAAAACUCGAAGGAAUGCAAUUAAAGUGGCACUAGAAGCGAGUAUGAAGGCAAAUGAGGAUCAAAGUGUCGUUGCUCCCAAAAAACUUCGGUCUCAAACGAAAAGACCUUUAGACAAAUCAUUAAUAAAUCAUUCAGAUGAUGAUUCAGAAGAUGAUUCCAUUGAUGAUAAGAAAGCUCGAAGGAAUGCAAUUAAAGUGGCACUAGAAGCGAGCAUGAAGGCAAAUGAAGAUCAAAGUGUCGUUGCUCCUAAAAAACUUCGGUCUCAAAUGAAAAGACCUUCAGACAAACCAAUACGAGAAGAAAAACAGAAAGUUGACAGCGGUACUAAUUGUGAUCAAACAAUCACUGAAUCUUUUGUACAAAAGGAAAUUCUGAAAAAUGCUGAAAAGAAAUCAAGCAAAGGAACUGAAAUGUCUGAAUCUUUCUUUAAACGUUCGGAAGAUGAUUCCACAAAUGGAAAGAAAUCGAGUAAGGGAACUGAAAUGUCUGAAUCUUUUCUGAACCUCAAUGAUCAUGGUGUUGUUAAAAACUCAAAGAAAACAAAGUUAAAUGAGAAAGAAACUUUCAAAGUCCCUGCUAGUAAUAUUUUGAAGAAGGCAAAAAUUAAUACUGAAACGAAAAACACAAAAAGCCCAAAGUCUAAAUCAAGACCCACUCAAAGUAUUCCUUGUCAAACUGAGAAAACUCAAGAGAAAGCAUCGCCUUCACCACCUUCAAAGAAUUCGUCUUCUGCGACCUCAAUGCCACUUGCAAAAUCUUCACACACCAUCGAAAAGAAAAGAAAUUCUAAUCCAACUGUAAAAACAAAGGAGAAAUUGAAGCUUAUGGCUAAAGUUUCUAAGUCAAGCUCAUCAGGCUCAGACAAAAUUGUUAAUAUCAGAGUGCAUCUUGGUAAAGGAAACUAAAUUUAAAAUAUAUAAUUUAAUAAGAAUGUAAAAUUGAAAAUUAUGUUUCAAUGACUCUUUUACUAAAAUUAUCACAUGUUACUUGAGAAAACAAGAGUUUUGAACUAACAUGUACAAAUAAACAUACCUAAAUCUUAAUAAAUGAUUACUC